AAGAAACGCUGGUUUAUUCUGCGGAGUGGCAGGAUGAGUGGCGAUCCAGAUGUUUUGGAAUACUACAAGAAUGAUCACUCCAAGAAGCCCCUGCGAGUCAUCAACCUGAACAUUUGUGAGCAAGUGGAUGCAGGCCUGACUUUCAACAAGAAGGAGCUGCAGGACAGCUUUGUGUUUGACAUCAAGACCAGCGAGCGCACCUUUUACCUGGUGGCUGAGACAGAGGAGGACAUGAAUAAGUGGGUCCAGAGCAUCUGCCAGAUCUGUGGCUUCAAUCAGGCUGAGGAGAGUACAGAUUCCCUGAGAAACCUCUCCACCAGCCAUGGACCCCGCUCUUCUCCAGCUGAACUCAGCAGCUCCAAUCAACACCUUAUCCGAGAGCGAAAAUCCUCAGCCCCCUCACACUCCAGUCAGCCAACGCUGUUCACAUUUGAGCCCCCUGUGUCCAACCACGUGCAGCCCACCCUGUCCACCAGCGCACCUCAGGAGUAUCUCUACCUGCACCAGUGCAUAAGUCGGAGAGCAGAAAAUACAAGGAGUGCCAGCUUCUCUCAGGGCACCAGGGCCUCAUUUCUGAUGAGGAGCGACACAGCAGUACAGAAACUUGCCCAAGGCAACGGACACUGUGUCAACGGGGUCAGCGGUCAAGUCCAUGGCUUCUACAGCCUUCCCAAGCCAAGCCGGCACAAUACAGAAUUCAGAGACAGUACCUAUGACCUCCCCCGGAGCCUGGCCUCCCACGGCCACACCAAGGGCAGCCUUACUGGGUCCGAGACUGAUAAUGAGGAUGUGUACACCUUCAAGACGCCCAGCAACACUCUGUGCAGGGAGUUCGGAGACCUCCUGGUAGACAACAUGGAUGUCCCAGCCACCCCACUGUCAGCCUACCAGUUCCCAAGGACAGUGACACUGGACAAGAACCACAAUGCCAUGGCAGUGGCCACUCCUGGGGACUCAGCCAUGGCGCCUCCACCCCGACCCCCCAAGCCAAGCCAGGCAGAAACGCCUCGAUGGGGCAGCCCUCAGCAGAGACCUCCAAUCAGUGAAAGCAGCAGAUCGGUCUCUGCUGCUGCCACCAUCCCCAGGCGCAAUACCCUUCCUGCCGUGGACAACAGCCGGCUUCACCGAGCUUCUUCCUGUGAGACCUACGAGUACCCCCAGCGUGGCGGAGAGAGUGCAGGCCGGUCUGCCGAGUCCAUGAGUGAUGGGAUCAGCUCUUUCCUGCCAGGAAAAGCAGUUGUGGGCCGGUCAGACAGCACCACUUCUGAAGACAACUACGUGCCCAUGAAUCCAGGUUCCUCCACCCUGCUGGCUAUGGAGCGAGCAGCUGAUCACUCCCAGAGUGUCUACAUCCCCAUGAGCCCCGGGCCCCACCACUUUGACCCGCUUGGCUACCCCUCUACAGCCCUUUCUUUGCACCGUGGCCCCAGUCGAGGGAGUGACAUCCAGCCACCCCCCGUCAACCGCAACCUCAAACCCGACCGGAAAGCAAAGCCAACACCACUUGACCUGAGAAACAACACUGUCAUUGAUGAGCUCCCCUUCAAAUCACCUGUCACUAAGUCUUGGUCAAGGGCCAUCCACAGCUUCAACUCCAGCUCCUCCCAGUACUGCCGCCCCAUCUCCACCCAGAGCAUCACCAGCACGGACUCAGGAGACAGCGAAGAGAACUACGUCCCUAUGCAAAAUCCAGUGUCUGCGUCUCCCAUUCCCAGUGGCACCAACAGCCCAGCCCCUAAGAAGAGCAGUGGCAACGUUGAUUAUCUGGCCUUGGACUUCCAGCCAAGCUCCCCCAGCCCCCACCGCAAGCCAUCCACGUCAUCCGUCACUUCCGAUGAGAAGGUAGACUACGUCCAAGUGGACAAGGAGAAGACCCAGGCCCUGCAGAACACCAUGCAGGAGUGGACAGAUGUGCGACAGUCCUCGGAGCCUUCCAAGGGCGCCAAGCUGUGACUUGGGGGCUUGCCACGCCUGGAGAGGGGCCAGGAGGCAGCGUUUCUGGAACUGCCUCCACUCUAACCCCCUCUCUCAUCCCCCAUCACCCCCUCAGCCACCGCCUCCUUACUUUGCCACUCUGGCCUUCAAAGCACUUGACAUCAGGGACCCUGAACCCUUCCCCUGGGAGGUAAGGGCCUGAGUGAGGCACUUCCUCUUCCCACUCGAUCCACCUUUGGUUUUCUUAAUCAUGGCCGAGCCUCAACCCACCUUAGUUAGAGCUAUUGCCAAAAAACAUCCUUCAGCCUCUUCCUGACCUUUAGAUCUGAAGCUCUACCAGAUAUCUGGAGGGAGGUAUUGGGGCUCUGAGCCAGAUUCCAACCUUAUCUUGUCACCUCCCUCAGCCUCCUUCCCUUCAGCUAUGGGGCUACCUCUCCUGCAGUCCACAAAGCCAAGUCAUCUCGCUGACCCAGGGAGCCAUGGACCAGCAGACCAAAGUAGACAUAAACUUCUUCAUCCCUGUCUGCCUUGGCAAGGGAGAGGCAAGGCCACCGAAAGAUAAGGUUAGAGGUGGUCUUAAAGGUAGCUGGCAUUAGCGCCCCAGAGGUGGCAAGACAGCUGUUGUGUACAGGAGAGGCAGAAGGCUGAGGACAAAAGGGAACCUGAGGCUGGGUGAACAAGGAGCUGGGCUUGGAGCUGACAAGAACACUGCAGGACCGCACCCCCAGAAGUGUGGCUCUAAGCCACUCUGGGAUGGAAUAUGCUCGUCAGCCAGUGAGAGCACCGGCUUGGGCUGUGCUGGGCGUGGCAGCAUGUAGUGGGAGCAAUGCAGCAUGAGAAAUGGAGUAGGGGGCACAGAAGGAUGCAGGGCUGGAGAGGCAGCCAUGGAACAAGCUCGGCAGAGGCACAGGAGAUUGCAGGAAGGAGUGUGCAGCACAGGCCUUUUGCAGGCGGUGCAGGACACAGAUGCGGUGACAGGUGGGCAAAUGCAGGUGGAACAGAAAGUGAAAGGUGUUAAGUCACAUCAGGAGGGCGGCGUGAUGCGGGCAGUUCCAGGACGCUAGCACUAGGUAAAGCAAGCAGACCAAAAGGGAGGGCAUACGGAACGGGCUGGCUGCCCGUUCCAGGUCCCACUCUGGCCUCAAACUUGACUACAGGGAGGCCAGGCCCCUCCUCCCAUAGCUUGAAAGGUCAUCAGAUGAGCAUCCUGCCAGAGACAGGAAGUAGGGCAUCAUCCUGGCCCUUCAUACCUAGCCUGUGGGAUCUGAAUCUUCUUGAGCAAAUUCAAAUACAAAAGUUUCAGAGACAACUGGGCUGACCUGAUGUCGUCUCAUCCUACCCGGGUGAAGAGACCUUCCUCCCCCACACAACAGCUUCUACCUACCAUGUGUCUGAGAAUGGCUACUGCUUACCAUGUGGCGCCUGUGAGCACACGCCCACUGCAGCCCCAAGGCCUGACCGUCCCUGAGCAAAUCCCAUCUGGGAGGACUGACUUUCUCAGUAGUAGGCCUAGUAUUCGUUCUCAACAGCCACUGGCUACUGUAGCUGGACUCUGGGCUAGGCACUAAAGACACAGGCACUAAUCAGACUUGGGGUCCCUGUACUUGAGGCCAUGGUUAGUGAGAAGACAACACUGCUGAUGGACUGCUGAGGAAGCAAGGGGUAGAGUAGAGAGGGGUGAAAGUUUCUAGGAAAAGGCCCUGAGACAGGCUGUGGGGUGGAGAAGUGAUGUGAAAGCCCGGUGUUUUGAGAAUAACUGGUCUCGGAGAGGAUGGGUCUGGCCACUCGCCUGCACUUCCUGAGCAUGCGGUGAUGUGAAGGAGCCUGGUUGGAUCUCCUGUGACAGGCAGGUCUAACCUCCAGCAGGGCCUCAUUCCAGCUCUUGGUUCCCACAACUCCCAUCCCUUCAGGGUGGAGAGAGAAGUGAAAGGAAGCAUGAGAGGAAGAAUGUGGCCUGUUGAAAGCAGAGAUGCUCACAAGCCCCGAGUCACCACACGUUAGUACACACCUAUUGGCCCAGUUUAAAACCUGUGGUCUAUCCAUGGGUCAGAGCCCACCACUCCUGUUGGCCUGGCAAGGCCUGACACCAGAAUGGAGAUAAUUCUCAGCCAUCAUAACUCAAACAAAGCCUCAGCCUGUCUGGGACGCGCCAAGCAAUGGCUGUCCUUGUCCACUUGCGGCUCUAGAGGGAGUGUCAGCCACAGGGAGACGAAGUCGGAUAUGGGGUCAGAUGGUCUCGGAGCGGGGGGGCGGUCACUCUGCUCUGUGACUUUUCUCUUAAAGGUCAGGACCACCAGGGACCAGAGCCUUAGCCCUUUAACCCAGUCCCCUCCCUAGGUUAAUUUCGGUAACGUCUACAUUUGAGACCACUCAGAUACACCCCGCUCCUGAGACAGAAGCACAACCAUUCUGAAGUGACUGGAGUAUGAGCUCAGCUCCAGUCUGCCCUUCACCUGAGGCUAAGGCCUCAGCCGAAGCCAUGGCCAGCUAGCACCCCGCUCCCCCAGAGGUCUGGAAAAUUCAGGGCAGGAGGCUGAUGCGCACACCCUUCCCUGUUCUGGGCUUUCAUCUGCAAAGUGGGGACACCUGGCAGGCCACCUGAGCUCCAGAGCCCUCCUACAGGGGCCCUUGUGCUGGGAUUCUCAAGUUUUCUGGGGCCACAGCAGGUUGCCUCUGAGGGGCCCACUGGAGCUUGAGGCUGUCGUGUGGUGUAUGUGUUCUUGUGUGUUGGUUAAAUGUGUCUUGAAACUUUAGAAUCAUUUCACACAGAGCUGUCGGUAUUUGUUGGGACAAGAAAAUGGGCUAGAAGCCCAAUCUUGAGUUCUUUCCCUGUUGCCAUUUAAAAUUGACAUUUAAUUUUUCAAAUCACUUGUUGGUGCCUAAUCACUUAAGUUAUUAAUUUAUUCUGUUCUGUUUUCUUUAAAACAAAAUUUGUAACACCUAUUUAUCCUGUGAGUAGGUCUGGGGUGGGGUGGGAACAUGUUUUGGUAGGUCCUGGUUUCUGCUGUGGUGACACAUGGUACAGGCUGGAGCUCGCAGGGCCCUUUGUACUGUGGUAUUGAGCAGGACAACAAUAAAGUCCAUUAGAAGCAACCAGAAA